AUGUCUAAUUUAAAACCUUUAUUGGAAAAUAAUUCCAAAACCAAUUUUAAUGAGCUUGAAUGGGUGAUUAAAAUACGUGAAUCAUUAGACAAAGAUCUUGAUGAUGAUGGUGAAUUUCUUGUGUCUAUUUUCAAUGUACCUAAGUCACUUAUGGCUAAUGAUCCAUAUUCUUAUAUUCCUCAACAAAUUGCAAUUGGACCUUACCAUUUUUGGAGGCAAGAGUUAUAUGAAAUGGAGAGAUAUAAGAUUGCUUCAACAAAAAGAUUUCAAAUCCAAUUACAUAAUCUCAAGUUAGAACAUAUUGUUGACCAAUUGAUAAGGUUAGAACAUAGGAUUAGAUCAUGUUAUCAUAAGUAUUUAAAUUUUAAUGUUGAAACAUUGAUGUGGAUGAUGGUUGUUGAUGCUUCAUUUUUAUUAGAAUUCCUAGAAGUCUACACUAUUCAAGAUGAAAGAAUGAUGCUAAGUUUUUCUUCAAGGAUGUCACAUUUGAUUGAUUUUGGAGGGAGGAAAUUAGGUCAUAAUGCAAUCUUGAAGGAUAUAGUAAUGCUUGAAAAUCAAAUCCCUUUAUUUAUUUUGAGAAAGAUGUUGGAAUUUAAAUUUGCAUCGCUUGAAUUAGCGGAUGACAUGCUAAUUUUAAUGUUUAUAGGUUUGUAUAAAGAGAUUUCUCCUAUCAAAGUGGUAGAACAGGAUUAUAUAGAUAUCGUUUUCUCUGAAUGUGCGCAUUUGCUAGAUUUUUUGUAUAACAUGAUUGUUCCUAAAUUGGAAGAACAAGCAGAAAUAGAAUCUGAGAAUCGACAAAAAGACAAUGAAGACGGUGAAAAACCGUGUGUGAACUAUGUGAAGAAAUUCUUAUGUGAAGUUUGUAGGUUGCUUUCGAAAUUGACAACAAUAUUAGUAAGCUUAUUCAAGAAACUCAAGCAAUGUAGAGCCAUGAAAGUUAUCACUUGGUUGCCUUGGACAAUAAUUUCUAACCUUCCCGGAAUGGGAAUUAUAAAGCAACCGAUCGAAUACUUCCUAUUCUCUCAAGAAAAAGAAGCUACCAAAGCAGGAAAUGAGAAUUUAAACUCGGAUGAUAUCACUAACAAAUCACUAUUAAUCGAUGAAAUAGCUAUUCCUUCAGUUACAGAACUCUCAAAAUCCGGAGUUAGUUUCGUAGCUACUAAAGGAGAUGUAUCAACUAUUAGGUUUGAUGUAAAAACAUCAACACUUUACCUUCCAACAAUUAGUUUAGAUAUAAACACUGAAGUGUUCAUGAGAAAUUUAGUUGCUUAUGAAGCAUCAAUUGCAUUAGGGCCAUUGGUUUUCGCGCGUUACACCGAGUUGAUGAACGGAAUCAUAGACACCGAGGAAGAUGCAAGGAUUCUUAGAGAAAAGGGGGUUAUUUUGAACCACUUGAAGAGUGAUCAAGAGGUAGCUAACUUGUGGAAUGGAAUGAGCAAGUCCAUUAAAUUGACAAGGGUUCCAUUCUUGGAUAAGGUCAUUGAAGAUGUUAACCAACAUUAUAAUGGUAAUGUGAGUAUCAAAGUUUGGAAAUUUAUGAAGGUUUAUGUGUUUGCUUCAUGGCAAUUUCUGACAUUUCUUGCUGUCAUUUUUCUCUUGUUUUUGAUGUCAUUGCAAGUCUUCUGUUCUUUCUAUAGAUGUAAUGCUAGAAAUCAUGUCAAAGUGAUUAGAUUAAUCACUUGA